AUGGGCGCAGACAACACCGGCGGAAACAUGGGAGAGAAGGCAGACACGGAGAUGGCGGAAAACCCGUUCGAACCUUACAUUGAGUCGCUUCGUCAGAAAGUUGAAGAGCAGGACCCCGUUUUUCUGAUAGGCAUAAUCGUCGCUCUGGCGGUGAUUGUCAUCACCUGUGUUUUUCUGAAGUACUUUCUUACGAGCAAAACCGUGAGGAGCGCCGUGCUGCUGGUCGGUCUGUGUGACUCAGGGAAAACCCUCCUGUUUAGCCGGCUGCUGUCUGGAAAGUUUAAGCGGACGCAGACCUCCAUCACUGACAGCAGUGCUCCUUACAAACCCAAAACCGACAGGGGCAGCAUAUGGACUCUGAUAGAUCUGCCGGGACACGACAGUCUCCGUCCCCAAUACCUGGAGAAGUUCAAGUCGGCCGCCAGGGCAAUUGUGUUUGUAGUGGACAGCGCCAUCUUCCAGAAGGAGGUGAGGGACGUGGCAGAGUUCCUGUAUGUGCUGCUGACGGACGCGGUCAUCUCCAGAAACACCCCGACUCUUCUGGUGGCGUGCAACAAACAAGACAUCACCAUGGCCAAGUCUGCCAAACUGAUUCAGCAGCAGCUGGAGAAGGAACUGAACUUCUUAAGAGUGACUCGCUCGGCAGCCCUGAGCUCUCAGGAUGGUUCCAUGGGUGGCGGCCUCUAUCUGGGCAGAAGGGGAAAGGACUUUGAGUUCAGCCAGCUGCCCAUGAAGGUGGAGUUCUUGGAGUGCAGCGCUCGGGGCAGCAAAGGUGAAGAGGGGGACGCAGACAUAGAGAGUCUGGAGAGGAGCCUGGCUAAACUAUGA